AUGACAUCGUGUCAGUCCCGCUUACCAUUGCCUCAUUCUCAGCUAAGAGUCACAAAUUCAGCACCUCGGUCUUCGCAGACAUCACAGGAUGCACAACGAAAGGAAGAAGAAGAUGAUGAGUCUUCUGGGUGUGAACUACCUCAUUUUGGACAAUCAUUAGCAUCUGGUAGAUCCAGUCUUUCGCAACAGAUGUUGGUUGUUCGGAUGAUGUACCCGGUCGGUAUUACAGCAACACCAUUAGAAGUUCAGUCGAACGCAUAUUUUCCAGGUGUUGGAGAACCCAAAAAUUAUUAUCCACUUCUACUCUACUUUCCACCAACUUACUAUUCGCUGUUCAUACGAUGUGGACGGCUUUGUUGGAGAAGAAUUGAGCGUACUUUUGUUGAUAUUUUGAAAAAAGGUCAAUCUGAAAAGUUUACAUUCCUUCCAACAGACAUCAAAUGA